AGGGAGACGCAGCCAGAGAGAAACGGAGAGAAGCCGAGCGCCCUCCGCCCAAGGCGCGCUCCCUCCGUCCGCGCACAGGCGCCGGCGCUUGGAGGAGCAAGGUGCCACCCAGCCCGCAAGGGCGCAGCGUACAAGCUCACGGUCUCUCGGGGGCUCUGCCCCGGGACUGCACCUGGAGGCCACCCCGGACGGGGAUGGUGAGCGGCUGCCGCCGUCUGGCACGGAAGCGGGACGCGGUGAGGGCACCAUGGCGCUGACACCCCUGAGGGGGCCCUCGGCGUUGCUCGUCCGGCCCGCGCUCUGGCUGCUGCUGUGGGCAGCCUCGUGGCGCCUGGGUGCCACGGGGUGCCCCGCCCUCUGCACCUGCGCUGGCACCACGGUGGAUUGCCACGGCACCGGGCUGCGGGCCGUUCCCAAGAACAUCCCGCGGAACACGGAGCGCCUGGAACUCAAUGGCAACAACAUCACUCGGAUCCACAAGAACGACUUCGCGGGACUCAAGCAGCUGCGGGUGCUGCAGCUGAUGGAGAACCAGAUUGGAGUGGUGGAACGGGGGGCUUUUGAUGACAUGAAGGAGCUGGAGCGGCUACGACUCAACCGGAACCUGCUCCACACGUUACCAGAGCUGCUGUUCCAGAAUAACCAGGCUCUGUCGAGGCUGGACCUAAGUGAGAACACCAUCCAGGCCAUCCCCAGAAAGGCUUUCCGUGGAGCUACAGAUCUCAAAAAUUUACAGCUAGACAAGAACCAGAUUGGCUGCAUUGAGGAAGGAGCUUUCCGGGCUCUGCGGGGGUUAGAGGUGCUGACCCUGAACAACAACAACAUCACCACCAUCCCGGUGUCCAGCUUCAACCACAUGCCCAAGCUGCGGACCUUCCGCCUGCACUCCAACCACCUGUUCUGUGACUGCCACCUGGCCUGGCUCUCCCAGUGGCUGAGGCAGCGGCCAACCAUCGGGCUCUUCACCCAGUGCUCGGGCCCCGCUGGCCUGCGCGGCCUCAACGUGGCCGAGGUCCAGAAGAGUGAGUUCAGCUGCUCAGGCCAGGGGGAGGCGGGGCGCACGCCCUCCUGCACCCUCUCCUCCGGCUCCUGUCCGGCCAUGUGCGCCUGCAGCAACGGCAUCGUGGAUUGUCGUGGCAAAGGCCUGACCGCCAUCCCUGCCAAUCUGCCCGAGGCCAUGACAGAGAUCCGGCUGGAGCUCAAUGGGAUCAAGUCCAUCCCCCCGGGGGCCUUCUCUCCCUACAGAAAGCUGCGGAGGAUAGACUUGAGCAACAACCAGAUCUCGGAGAUUGCGCCUGAUGCCUUCCAGGGCCUCCGGUCCCUGAACUCACUGGUCCUCUAUGGGAACAAGAUCACAGACCUCCCCCGGGGCGUGUUUGGAGGCCUGUUCACCCUACAGCUCCUGCUCCUGAAUGCCAACAAGAUCAACUGCAUCCGGCUUGACGCCUUCCAGGAUCUGCAGAACCUCUCACUGCUCUCCCUGUAUGACAACAAGAUCCAGAGCCUUGCUAAGGGCACCUUCACCUCCCUGCGGGCCAUCCAGACCCUGCAUCUGGCCCAGAACCCCUUCAUCUGUGACUGUAACCUCAAGUGGCUGGCAGACUUCCUACGCUCCAACCCCAUCGAGACCAGUGGGGCCCGCUGUGCCAGCCCCCGACGCCUCGCCAACAAGCGCAUCGGCCAGAUCAAAAGCAAGAAGUUCCGGUGCUCAGCCAAAGAGCAGUACUUCAUUCCAGGCACUGAGGAUUACCAGCUGAACAGCGAGUGCAAUAGCGACGUGGUCUGUCCCCACAAGUGCCGCUGCGAGGCCAGCAUGGUGGAGUGCUCCAGCCUGAAGCUCACCAAGAUCCCUGAGCGUGUACCCCAGGCCACGGCUGAGCUACGAUUAAACAACAAUGAGAUUUCCAUCCUGGAGGCCACCGGGAUGUUUAAAAAACUCACCCAUCUGAAGAAAAUUAAUCUGAGCAACAACAAGGUGUCGGAGAUUGAAGACGGGACCUUUGAGGGUGCAGCCUCAGUGAGCGAGCUGCACCUGACCGCCAACCAACUGGAGUCCAUCCGGAGCGGCAUGUUCCGGGGCUUGGACGGCCUGAGAACGCUGAUGCUAAGGAACAACCGCAUCAGCUGCAUCCACAACGACAGCUUCACGGGCCUGCGCAACGUGCGCCUCCUCUCGCUCUACGACAACCAGAUCGCCACCAUCUCCCCGGGAGCCUUCGACACGCUCCAGGCCCUCUCCACGCUAAACCUUCUGGCCAACCCUUUCAACUGCAACUGCCAACUGGCGUGGCUGGGCGACUGGCUGCGCAAGAGGAAGAUCGUGACGGGGAACCCGCGGUGCCAGAACCCAGACUUCUUGCGGCAGAUUCCCCUGCAGGACGUGGCCUCCCCCGACUUCAGGUGUGAAGAAGGCCAGGAGGAGGGGGGCUGCCUGCCCCGCCCCCAGUGCCCCCAGGAGUGCGCCUGCCUGGACACUGUGGUUCGAUGCAGCAACAAGCACCUCCAGACCCUGCCCAAGGGCAUCCCCAAGAAUGUCACAGAGCUCUACCUGGACGGGAACCAGUUCACGCUGGUUCCAGCUCAGCUGUCCACCUUCAAGUACCUACAGCUUGUGGACCUGAGUAACAACAAGAUCAGUUCCUUAAGCAAUUCGUCCUUCACCAACAUGAGCCAGCUGACCACUCUGAUCCUCAGCUACAACGCCCUGCAGUGUAUCCCUCCUCUGGCCUUCCAGGGGCUUCGCUCCCUGCGCCUGCUGUCCUUGCAUGGCAAUGACAUCUCCACCCUCCAAGAAGGCAUCUUUGCAGACGUGACUUCCCUGUCUCACCUGGCCAUCGGUGCCAACCCCCUGUACUGUGACUGCCACCUGCGCUGGUUGUCCAGCUGGGUGAAGACAGGCUACAAGGAACCCGGCAUUGCCCGCUGCGCUGGGCCUCCGGACAUGGAUGGCAAACUGCUCCUCACCACGCCUGCCAAGAAGUUUGAAUGCCAAGGUCCCCCCACCCUGACUGUCCAAGCCAAGUGUGAUCCCUGCUUGUCCAGCCCGUGCCAGAACCAGGGCACCUGCCGCAACGACCCCCUUGAGGUGUACAAGUGUGCCUGCCCCAGUGGUUACAAGGGCCGAGACUGUGAGGUGUCCCUGGACAGCUGUUCCAGCAGCCCCUGUGGAAAUGGUGGGACCUGCCACUCACAGGAGGGCGAGGAUGCUGGCUUCACGUGCUCCUGCCCCACCGGCUUUGAAGGGCCAACCUGCGAGGUAGACACGGAUGACUGUAUGGGGCACUCCUGUGCCAAUGGGGGCACCUGUGUGGACGGCGUGGGCAGCUACACCUGCCAGUGCCCCCUGCAGUACUCGGGAAGGGCCUGUGAGCUGCUGGUGGACUUCUGCGCUCCAGAUCUGAACCCGUGUCAGCAUGAGGCUCAGUGUGUGGGCACCCCCGAUGGGCCCAGGUGUGAGUGUGCACCAGGUUACGUGGGUGGCAACUGCACUGAGAACCAGGAUGACUGCAGGGACCACCGCUGCCGGAAUGGGGCCCAGUGUGUGGACGAAGUCAAUGGCUACUCCUGCCUCUGUACCCAGGGCUACAGUGGUCAGCUCUGUGAGACCCCUCCCAGACCACCUGCCCCCAGGAGCCCCUGUGAAGGGACUGAGUGCCAGAAUGGGGCCAACUGUGUGGACCAGGGCAACGGGCCCGUGUGCCAGUGCCUCCCAGGCUUUGGCGGCCCUGAAUGUGAGAAGCUGCUCAGUGUCAACUUCGUGGAUCGGGACACCUACUUGCAGUUCACUGACCUGCAGAACUGGCCGCGGGCCAACAUCACACUGCAGGUCUCCACGGCAGAAGACAACGGAAUCCUGCUGUACAAUGGGGACAACGAUCACAUUGCAGUGGAGCUCUACCAGGGCCAUGUGCGUGUCAGUUACGACCCGGGCAGCUACCCCAGCUCCGCCAUCUACAGCACCGAGACGAUCAACGAUGGGCAGUUCCACACAGUUGAGCUGGUCACCUUUGACCAGAUGGUGAAUCUCUCCAUUGAUGGCGGCAGCCCCAUGACCAUGGACAACUUCGGCAAACACUACACGCUGAACAGCGACGCCCCCCUCUAUGUGGGAGGGAUGCCGGUGGAUGUGAAUUCGGCUGCCUUCCGCCUGUGGCAGAUCCUGAAUGGCACCAGCUUCCACGGCUGCAUCCGAAACCUGUACAUCAACAACGAGUUGCAGGACUUCACCAAGACACGGAUGAAGCCAGGCGUGGUGCCAGGCUGCGAGCCCUGCCGGAAACUCUACUGCCUGCACGGCAUCUGUCAGCCCAAUGCCACCCCGGGGCCCGUGUGCCACUGCGAGGCUGGCUGGGGGGGCCUGCACUGUGACCAGCCAGCCGACGGCCCCUGCCAUGGCCACAAGUGUGUCCAUGGGAAGUGCGUGCCUCUGGAUGCUCUUUCCUACAGCUGCCAGUGCCAGGAUGGGUACUCGGGGGCCCUGUGCAACCAGGCCGGGGCACCUGCAGACCCCUGUGGGGGCCUGCGGUGCCUGCGUGGCCACUGCCAGGCCUCAGCCACCAAGGGGGCACACUGUGUGUGUGACCCUGGCUUUUCGGGCGAGCUGUGUGAGCAAGAGUCCGAAUGCCGGGGGUACCCUGUCCGGGACUUUCACCAGGUCCAGAGGGGCUAUGCCAUCUGCCGGACCACGCGCCCUCUGUCGUGGGUGGAGUGCCGGGGUUCAUGUCCGGGCCAGGGCUGCUGCCAGGGCCUGCGGCUGAAGCGGAGGAAGUUCACCUUUGAGUGCAGCGACGGGACCUCUUUUGCCGAGGAGGUGGAGAAGCCCUCCAAGUGUGGCUGUGCCCUCUGCGCGUAGCGCCUGAAGUGCACGGGGAGGGGAGAGGGCGGGAGAGGGGGCGCGGCCGCAGCAGAGACCGAGUGGCCGGCAUCUGGCCGGGGUGCUGGUCAUCACCACGCAGAGACCUAGGCACCCGGCCUUCCGGUGUCAGGUCGGGCCAGAACCACCUUUCUAAAGCCGAGGGUGCCGCAACUGGCGGGGCGGGGCGGGGCGGGGCGGGUGGGAGUGGCCCGGGCUGCAGUCCGCCCUCUCCGGAAGUGCCUUGCACAAAUAGGCGCUGAAUAAAUAUUUGUUGAAUGAAUGUGUGCGUGAGGUCAGGCCAAGAAGUGCAGAAUGGUGACACCUCCUCUUUGCUUGCUUCCUGGGUCUCAGGAAGGGACUGCCCCUUCCCAAACCAGACGUCCCCUCUUGCCUGUGGCCCAGGCAGGCCCCAGAAGCCCCCUUGCCCACUGCAGAUAACCUUGAAGUACUCCCAACCUCCCCUGGGACAGCCAGCCUGGCUCUUAGCUUUUGCUGUGCGUCUGCCGGUGGUAGGCCGGGCUGCGGAGGGGAAGGGCGUCCUCCUGCUGGCCAGGACGGGACCAACCCCUGUCCCCUGGGGCUGAAUGGAAGCCACAGCUUGCUUGGGAAUGGGCCUCGGGGUGGCGGUAGAUCUUAGGACCAGACCUCUGAAUCCUAAAGUUAUGGAAUGACUUAACAAUUUCAAGGAGGGUGCUCGUGUGGAGGAAAAUGACCGCUGGGAUGGCUUAGGGUGUGGACCCCACCAAAGAGGACAGAGGGGUUCUUGGUUCCAGCUGAAUAAACAUCACCACCUCCAGACAUUAGCCACCAAGGAAGCAUUGGUCCUGGGCUUCUCCAGCCACGAGCCAGCCAUCAGCUGCUGGCUAGCCCUUGGCGGGGUCCUUGGGGGUGUAGGGGGAUUGGGCCAGGCUGAAGGCCCAGGGAGAGGUCUCCUCCUGUGUAAACUGGCCUCAGAGCUCCUUGUACUGCAGACCUGUUGGGAGCAGUGGCUCAGACAUCAGGAAACCUCUGCUGGCUCUCUCACCCCAGGCAAACUCCUUCCCCGUGGGCCUCAGUCUGCUCAGCUGAUGGGGAGGUGGGAUGACUGAGCGACAAGGUAGACCCACUGUGGCUCCAGGAGAGAAACUGGAGGAGUUGGAAGAUCUAUUUUCAUUAAUCACAUCAGCAAGUAUUUAUGUGCCUAACCAGGGCUGGGGACUGUGGGUGUUCUGCCCUCACAGACGGACGUGAACUGAGCAUCAUAGGAGUGACCAGGAUGCCUGGGAAGAGAGCUGAGCUGAGUGAGGGCUCCAACCCACAGACCCCGGCCCCGGCCAGAGCUGCUCACUCUAGGUGUUUGCACGGAAGGACUCAGUAUCUGAAGAGCCAUCGAAUAAAUGGCCGUGUGACUACAAGUGUUUCUCUUCCGUGCAUAAUGAAGAUGCAGAAAAAUGGUCUUUUCACCUCAACAGCAAGCUGGCUGGAAGGAGGAAAGGUCAUGCUCUCCCAUCCCAGUAUCUCCCCAAGAGUGUGUGCCCCUGGGGGCCCCUGAUGGGCAAGGAGGGUAAGCAUGUCCCUUUCCUGGCUCCUUCUAUCUGCAAACAGAAGGCAGGGUUAGGGGGUUGUGUUGAGGUGGGCCUUGUGCCCGUGGGCAGUGGGCAAAGUCCUUGAUAUUGGGUAUUCCAGGGCCUCCUACAACUGACUGAACUUGGCACAUUCCACUCCCCUGGGACUCAGGCCAGUGAGUUUGUGUCCUGGGAGCCCUGCAAUGGGAAAAGAACCCUGCCCUGCCUACUUGGGGAGGUGUCCUCAUGGCUGGAUCUGCCCCUCAAAAGGGGCCAGGCUCUAUUUUCUUGAAAUGCUGAACAAGGACACAGCGCCCUUCACACCCAUAGGCAGCAGCCUGGGCCUCUCCUAAGACUGCAUAGUAUCCCUGUCUUACCUAGACUUUCUGGGCCACUGUGGGACCCUGGACAGCAGCCAGCACCAGGCUGGGUCAGCAUGAAAGCUCAAGUGUAGCUAACUUGCCCCUUUCCAUGGAACCCACCAACCCUGAGACACAUACCUUCCCCUAGCCACCACCAUUGCCCACUGACUUGCAGAAGGCACUCCCUGGGCUUGAGGGGCACUGACAGGCACGGCCUUUUCACUCUGCAGAAGGUGGAAAGGACAUCUGCAGAUAGGUGCUGGCUGUCAGGAGUCCUGCAGUCCUGGGGUUGGGAGGGCAGAGGACGGAGUGUUUGGAGUGUUAGGGAGCACUCUGUGAGCUGGCUGCUGUCCCCAUCCAACCCUCCACCACACCCCACCCCAGCCCAGCUCCACUUUCACCCUCUGUCAAGCUGGAAGAUUGGGAUCCAUCACAGAGUGAGUACAGCAAGGGGGCCCAAGAGACCUGUGUGCCCCAGGAUCAACUUUUCAUCAACUGAACCACCAACCCAAAAGUUGCUAAGGAUCUGGACCACCACACAUCUGGCCUAUUUGCAUUUGGGCCCAGAGUCCCGGGAGAAAGCUCCUGCGAAAUCACCUGAGAAAUCAUUUCCAAGCCUUGUCACCCCUUUGGUAAAGACCUCCAGUUCACUCUGAUGUUGCCAUUGGCUGAUUCCACUGAAGAGACACAAGCAGGGCCAGUCCCGUGGGUGCUGCUGCUUUUGGUCAGCAAUGUCAGUGGCAGUGGCCUGGGCUUCCCCUGCAGGUGUCGGAAACGGAAAAGGCUGGACUUUAUCUCCUCUUUGCCUGCUGUUAGCCUAACCAUGAAAGUAUCUCUUUAUACAGAAUACUUAACAGAUUCUAAUAUAUAUUUGUAUUUCAUUUUGUUAUAGUAUUUUUAUAUGUUAAAGUCAACAUCCAGUGUCUUGUUUUGAUUUUCAGAUGCUACGUAGUUGUGAUGUUCUGUUUUGGGGUGGGGGGGUUUCUGUAGUCUUGUUUCUAUCACUCCUUAAAGAGACUGGUUUAGAACAAGCCCAUGGGGAGCCACCUGCCCUUUCCUGAGAAGCUGUUUUGGAACAUGUUGGAUAUUGUCUGUUGUCUUCAUGUGAACAUGACAUGGAUUCACACGG